ACAUAAUUAUAACAUACCGAAUCCCGACGAGUUUCUUGAGCAGUAAACCAACUCCAAACCAGCUGAGAAAACGACUAAUAAAACACUAAUUUUUGUACUAAUUUUCUGUAAGGUAGCAACAAGGGAAGUGGAGGUCAGUAUUUAUAGGAAAAUUAUUUAGCAAUCACCGCUGAGGACAACGGCGGUGAACACAUCACUGUUUUUGUCCAAAGCGGUGAUAGCUAGGUAGCUGUGACCUAAUUUCCCACCUACCAGGGCUCUUAAACGUGUCAAUUAUCACCGCUUUAAUCCAUGGUGAUGAUGUGAUCGCUUUCGUCAACAACGAUGAUAAGGUCGACUAUCACCGUUUUGCAUAAACGCGGGGAACACAUCACCGUUUUGGUCUACAACAGUGAUGUUGAAACUGCUGUAUUUUGGGAAAUAUGUUUAUAAGUACUGUAUUUUGGGAAUUUUUUUAAUAAUUAGAGUAUUUUGGGAUUUUUUCCUGAUUUUAUUGUCAUAAUUAUGGUAUCCUCAAUUCAUGAUUAAGAUAUAGUGGUGAUUUUCAUAAAAAAUAAGAAAAACAGGGACUGAAAUGUUGACGAAGGUAGACCUCUAAGAGCGAGUUGUAAUUUCUACAUUAUCCACUGGGAUCGGGCCCGAGAAUCGUCGAGAAGGCCCACAAGCGUGGAUCCGAUGAAUCUGACCCGCAGAAGAAGGCCGGCCGGCCGUCAGUCCGUCCGACCGCUCUCAAAAUAUCAGCAGAUAAUUCGAUUCAGCUGGCCACCCGCCAUUUCUUCUCAUUACCUAUAGCCAGUUAAAGCAGUUGAGUAACGUUCCCACUUCAAUCCGUCGAUCCUCAGCCACUGAACAUGAAAGAAGAAGAGGAAGAAGAUAAAGUAGCAAUCCCCACCAACAAAACCUUCCAAAUUGGAUUCUCCAACUAGGGUUUUAGGGUAUAUUCUUCCCCCUCCCCCUUAUCUUAACCUUAUCUAUGGCAGUUUCCUCCCUCUAUCCCUUCAAUCCAACGCUCCAGUGCUCUCCCGCGGCGGCGACGGGGCUCGAGUUUCAGCUCCUCCGUCCAGUGGGUAAAAGGAGCUGCAAGUUCGUGGUUUCCUACACGCAUUCCAAUGCUAAGAUACUCAAGUCCAAUCGCAAGUCCAAGUUCGGCGAGACGUUGAAUCCCUAUGACAGUAGCGAUGAAGAGGAUGAAGAGGAAGACGAAUUUGAAUUCGACCACGGCGACGAUUGGCUGUUGAAUGAUGAAUUUGCUGAACCUUCAGUUCAGUUUGAGGUUGAUGGGAAGAGGGUUAAGUCAAAGAAGAAAACCAUUGCCAAACAAGGCAGGCCUAAACAGUCGACUGCGAAAACAAGAGAGAAAGCUGGUGUUAGAAACUUGCGCCACACGAAAAGCAAUCCAAAGAUAACAAGGAAAACUGCUGAUAAUAAUACCUACGAGAAGCUCUAUGAAGAAAUAGCGCUAGAUAAGAGAUGGUUUCCGUUGUUGGAUUAUCUAACUACGUUCGGCCUCAAAGAGUCUCACUUUGUCCAAAUUUACGAGAGGCACACGGCAUCUCUGCAGAUCAACAUCAUUUCUGCAAAGGAGAGGCUGGAGUACUUGCUGAGCGUGGGUGUGAAACAAAGGGAUGUCAAGCGGAUACUUCUGAGGCAGCCGCAGAUUCUGGAAUACACAGUUGAGAAGAAUUUGAAGCCUCAUGUUGCUUUCUUGAUCGGUUUAGGCAUUCCAAACUCCAGAAUUGGACAGAUCAUAGCUGCUGCUCCUUCCUUGUUUUCUUACAGCGUCGAGAAUUCGUUGAAGCCAACUGUUCGGUACUUGGUUGAGGAGGUCGGGAUAAAUGAAAAGAUCCUUGGCAAAGUCGUGCAGUUGAGCCCUCAAAUCUUGGUCCAGAGGAUCGAUAUUUCGUGGAAUAGCCGAUAUAUCUUUCUGUCCGAGGAACUGGGUGCCCCCAGAGAGAGCGUGGUAAAGAUGGUAACAAAGCAUCCUCAGUUCUUGCACUACAGCAUCUACGAUGGGUUGCUUCCUCGGAUCAACUUCUUGAGGAGUAUUGGGAUGAAUGAUGCUGAAAUCGUCAAAGUCUUGACUAAUCUUACACAGGUAUUAUCUUUGUCAUUGGAAGACAAUUUGAAGCCCAAGUACACGUACUUGAUCAAUGAACUCCACAAUGGAGUACAGUCCUUGACCAAAUAUCCCAUGUACUUCAGCUUGUCUUUGGACCAGAGAAUCCGCCCUCGCCACAAGUUCCUGGUUGCUCUAAAGAAAGCUCCGGAGGGGCCUUUCCCACUGAGUUCAUUUGUUCCAACUGAUGAAUCUUUCUGUCAGCAGUGGGCUGGGACUAGCGUGGAUACGUAUCUGGCUUUUCGGCAGCAGUUGCUGCUCAAGAGGUUUGCCGAGAAAUAUGAAAAGCAGGGAUAAUAGGUUAGUUUCAUUUGAGAAGCACUCUUUUGUAGGUCUGGUCUCUCAGUAAAACCUUCAGCAGCUUAUCAGAACAAUGGUUCUGCAGAAGCGUUUAGGAAAUUUUGGUCCAAGCUUUGAUACCCAUGGCUGAAUUAACCAUUUAGUGAGCAAGCAUUGCUGCAACAAUCACGAUUGAUCUAUCAGAGUUAUUUUUGGAAGCAAGGAGGACAAGGAUGAAUGUGCCAUUAUAUUUGUACAGUUAGCUAGAGAGUAGUGGUAUGUAUAUCAGUAUAUGUGUACUCUGGUUUAUAGCGGAAGCUAAUAAUGCGAGCUAAAGUGCCGUUCCUGUUAUGUGAUCAUUAUUCCAUGCGAUCUCAAUGGAUUUCAAUUGGCCAGUUGUGCCAUUACCAUAAGAUCUGUUGUGCUUUUCGUUAUUUUUGUUGUCAAAUGGUGUAGUUAUUGCAAUAUAACUUCAAGAUAGCUUCCGUAGAAGGUAGUUGAUGCCUGAUGGGAUGAUGGAAAAUGUAGUGUGUUUGAUAGUAAUUGUUUGUAUAAAGGUUGUUGAUGUGAUGAUGGAUAAUAUAGUGUGUUUAAUAGUAACUAGUUUUUUUGCCUGUGCUUCGCGGCGGUAUGAUUUACGUAAAAAUGCUUGCUUUAUUGAUACAUAAAAGAAAAAUGUUCAUUAAAAUUAUGAAUUGUAUUUAUUAUUUAUGUUACAAAAUGGUGUUAUGUAAAUUUUCUGUAAUUUAUAUUCUGAUAAUAACACCAAGUUAAGAAAAAGUAACACAACUGAUUAAUUAUUAUGUCAAAGUUAAUUACCUAAUGGAACAUUAGUGUAAUGAAAAUUGAUGGAUGGUAAAUAUUUUAAGUAAUAAUUAAAGAAAUUUAAUUACUAAUAAAAUAAUUAAGUUUUAAAAAUUAUCACAUUCGAUCAAAUUUUUAUGUAAAUCUUAUAAAAUCGUUGUGUAAUGAAAUUUGAUGCGAAUUAAACGGAAAAAAUUUUUUUAUGCGAUGAUCAACCAUUUAGUCAAUAAUAAUGAAAUUCUAAUUUGAAAUAAACCUGAUAGAAUCUUUGUGUAAUGUAAAUUAAUGAGAUGGUAAAUAAUUUAGUUAAUAAUAAAUAAAAUUUGAAUCAAACUCAUAUCAUGGAAGACUAUGUAAUACAUUUUUAUUUAUUUGAUACAUAAUAAAUAAUUAUCCUUUCAUAAAUUUUACAAAAUGUCUCAAUCGUUAGGAAAGACUUAACAUAUCACGUUAUAUUUAAUUUAUAUAUAAGAAAUAACUACUUCCAUAAGUUUGACGUAAUGUAUUUUUAAUUUACAUAACUUUUAUAGAACCGUAUUACAUUUCAUAAUUUUUGGUCUAAUAAUAAAACCAAGUUGCAAAAAUAUCAUAUUUUAUUAAACUAUUAUGUAGAAGUUAAUUUAUCUUACGAAACCUUUGCGUAACACAAAUUGAUGAUAUGGUAAAUAUUGUAGUUAAUGUAAUAAAAGUUUGUUUAAUCGUUAUAUAAGAAACAACUAUCAUUGACGUAAUGUAUUUGUAAUUUAUGUAAGUAUUACAUUUGAUUAAACUAUUAUAUAGAAUUUAACUUAACUUACUGUUAGGUUGUAAACCCGUGGGUUGACCUCCGGUUUAACUCUGAUUGACCCUGACCCGGUGAGUAAAAUGGAUCACACACCAGUUGGUUGACUCGUAGCAAAGUUCUAGUGUUAGAGGUCAAAAGAUGUCAUAUUUUCUUUUGGUUUGCGAAUUGUGCCUCUUUUUCCCUUCGCCUCAUCUAUCUUUAUUUGGAUUUUUUAGUUGAAUAUUUGAGAAUGUUUGAAUUUUCAUUACAUGUUGGAUCCAAGUUAAUGUUAUAUUUUAUUACCCAUUUGUUAUAUAAUAUUUGAUAUAAUUUUAAUGUUAUAUUUUAUUACCCAUUUGUUAUAUGAUAUUUGAUAUAAUUUAUAAAUAUGUGAAUAAUAUAAUGAUAUUUUUCAU